AUGGCAAACGCAUUGAUGUCAUUUGUUUGCCGUGUUUGCGGGACUACACUGAAAACGGCAUGGGGGCUGCGACUGCAUGAGCAGCGACAUGACGGCCUAGGAAAGUACUCAUGCUGCCAGAAGUCAUUCCUCACCAAGGAAAGCUUGACACGACAUAUGUGCAGCACUCACGGGGAAUCCAUGCAGUAUGUCUGUACAAAAUGCAAACAAGUGUUUGCAACACAGGCAGAUCUUACACGACAUCGGCGAAGAGAAGAUGGUAUCCUUGCCGAAUGUAAAUGUGAUAUCUGCGGGCUUUCUUUUAAAGAAAAAAUUGACCUUAAGGCCCACAUGGACAGCCACACGGGCGAGAAGGGCUACACUUGCAACGACUGUGGGAAAAGCUACCGCCAUCGAAGCAGUUUAUGCAAACACAGGUCUUUAAAACACUCAGAAUAG